AUGCAUGGGCAGGCAGCCGCACAGCCAGAUGAUCAGCACACAAGUUGCCGAUCCUCGGCGGCAGCAGCUCGCCUGCCCUUGCCCAGCACUGCACUGCACCACGAAGAACAACACGCCGAGCCGCCGAGCCGGGUUGCAUGUUCGGCUGCCCCUAGCCCAAUGCGCCCAAAUGCACUGCUGCUGCAGGCCAAGAAAAAAUUCCCGCGCCUCGACUGCGACCCAAAAGUGUUGGUUUCAAAGGAGGCCGAAGAGCCAAACGAAGUCGCGGCGCGGCGCGUGCGUUCCUCGUCGGCACGCCGCCGCCAUUCCACAGUGGUUCGGCAUGGGCGCGCCAAUUCGCCCGCUCGCUCCUUCCUCCUUCGCAACUGCGGCGACGACAGCAAGAACAAUGCGACCAGCAUAAAGCAAGCAAGCCAGCAUGCCAUAGCCGCAUUCUUGCCUGACAAUGGUCGUCUGCUCGAGCUGCUCACCCACCCGCGCCCAUCUUUCGCUUUCGCUUUCGCAUCCACCACCACCACCGCCAACCCUAGCUCACAAGCGAUGACUCGAGACUCGUCCCCCUCAUCAGGAGGCUCUGCACACGCCCCGGUGGCAGGACCUUCAUCCAUUCCCACCGACGCCGCCUCUGCCCCAUCUCUGCCACCGACCGGAUUGCCGACGCCGGAACAACUUGCCGCAGACCCCACCGCAACCGAUGCACAGAUCCCCACUCCUCCGCCGUUCUACCACUCGGCAUCGCAGGCCGCAUCCGCCUCCAUCGCGGCCAUCCGCUCGUCGCUGCACAAGUACCCCACGCCCAUCCUCAAGAUCCAGCGCGUCAACCAGCUCGACGCCGAGCUGCUCGACCGCGAGCUCGCCGAGCUGYUGCUCGAUCCGGUCAAGAAGGCGCUCGGCACGAUCAAGUCCACGCUCGCGUCGGAUGCGGAGCCCGAGCUGCUGCUGCUGCUCAAGCUCGCGCUGUUCAAGUUCAGCAUCGUCGACCGCGGCGCGUCGUACGGGUCGAUGCUGCAGAACCUCAAGUACCGCAACGAGUGGGCGCACCGCGGCGCGCUCCAGUCCACCGCGCGCGAUCAGCCGCUCUCGCGACUCCAGCUUGCGCUUUAUCCACUCCUCACCAUCGUUGCGCCCUACCUAGGAGCGAAAUGGCAGGGCCAUAUGACGUCGCUCUCGUACUCGGACAUGCCCAACAACGACCCGCGCAGGCUGCUCUGGAAGCUCACCGACGCCUCGCAGCGCGUCUGGUCCGCUCUGGUGCUCGCCAACUUUGCCGUUUUUCUCGCGGAUGGCAGGUUCAGGAGCGUCGCGGAUAGGAUGCUGGGCAUGCGGCUGACUUACUCGCAGCGCACCAUGAACCGCAACGUCUCGUUCGAGUUUCUCAACCGCCAGCUGGUGUGGCAUGCAUUCACCGAGUUCCUCCUCUUCCUCCUGCCGCUCGUGCGUCCAAAGCGCUUGGUCAGGAGGAUCAUGAAGCUGCCCACGCACCCGAAGCUGCUUGCGGUCGUAUUCCGUUUUCUGCCCUAUGCGGUCAGCAGCCGCCUCGGUAUCAGGCAGGAUGCAGCGGGCAGGACGAGGUUCAACAAGGAUGCCGUCUCGAUCCCGGGCGCGCGGAUGGUGCUCGGUUCGCGUCAGUCCGAGUCGGAAAAGACAGCGUUCGAGAGCGAGUCGGCAGUGGGACCGUAUGCGCAGCUGCCGGUCGAAGUAUGCGCCAUCUGCUACCAGCGGCUCGAGGCGCAGUCUGGGCUCAGCCGCGACCCGACCAAGCUCGGCACGGGCGGGCUGAGCAUGGGCAUCCCCACGUCCGAUCCGCUCGAUCCCAGCUCGGGACUGCUGGCGCCCAACCGCACACGCUCUGCAUCGCAGCCGCUCAAUGCCGCGACGGGCAGCGGCGUGGAUCCGGCGCGCAAUGCGGUGCUGGGUGUUUCGCCCGAUGGUAUUGCGUAUGCAGACGCCAUCGUGACUACGCCCUACGAGACCGUGCCGUGCGCGCAUACGUACUGCUACGUGUGCAUCGCAAAACAGCUCCUCGACGACGAGAUGGAGGACGAGCUGGAUGAAGAGGACGAUCACGGUCGCAGGGGGUGGAAGUGUCUGCGCUGCAACACGCGCGUCCGGCAGACUAGGAGAGCCGUCCCCCAGCCACACCACGAGGUAGAGGAGGAGGAGGAUCAAGGGGAAGAAACGGAUGACGAGGCCGAGUAG